CCAUGGAUUCCAUCAUCUUCUUGUCCGAGAAGAAGAUCGUCCGACAACCGCGUUUGUGCUUUUCACAGGUACGUGGCAAUGGAUUCGAUGCCCGAUGGGUAUCUGCAACGCCCCUGCGACUUUUCAGCGUGCCAUGAACAUGGCUUUCCGGAAUUUCGUGCGGAAGAUUCGCCUGGCGCAGAGCAUCAUCAACUACUGCGUGAUUGUGUACAUGGAUGACAUCUUGGUGUAUUCGAGCUCCUACGAGGGACACGUGCAGCACAUCCAAUGGGCACUGCAUGCGUUACGAGAUGCAAGUUUCAAGGUGACGCUUGAGAAGUGUCAGUUUUUCCUCACCACCAUUUCCUUCCUAGGGCACGUGGUGACAGACAAGAGACUCCAGCCGGAGCCACAGAAGGUGGCAGUUAUCAGGGAUUCUCUGGUGCCUACAACUAUCACGCAAGUUCGCGCCUUUCUGGGCCUGGCCUCGUACUACCGAAGAUUUAUCAAGGACUUUGCGGCGAUUGCGGGACCCCUCACGAAUCUGCUGCGCAAAGAUCAGUCGUUGAUCUGGACACCAGAAUGCGAUCAAGCAUUUUUCAAACUCAAGGCCGCUCUCAUUUCGGUUCCGGUCCUUAUAAGACCAGAUCCCUUUUGUUCUCAUCACCGACUGGCAGCCAGAGGCGAUUUCGGCGAUCCUUGCCCAGGUGGGAUCGAGCGGACUCGAGAGUGUAGUGGAGUGACGUGGACGGGCACUAGCGAGCAUCCCACGUGGAUCGAGAAUCCGGAGUUGCUGAUCAUACAGGCUUGGAGGACUAACAUGGAAGGAGAUCUUCUUGGCUUUCUCUUCGGAUCGGUCCGGCCAGGUCGAUGCCACCUGAUUGCGCAGGAGCUUAUCGCACCGAUCGUGCAAUUGGCAGAUGAUCUCUCGCCCGACAUCUAUUUUCAGAGUGACAACAGUCUUGCUCCGUACAUUCUCGAGCGAUCAUUGGAUCCGUACCUUCAGUGGACCGCGUGCUUGGAGGAACCUAAGGACAAGGAUACCCUACCAUCGCGGCAAGAGUAUCUGAAGUUGUACGAGAUCACCCCUCACGCCUUUUAUCCAAGGGCAGAGGAAGUGGUGAUCGACGACGACGACGAAGAAAAAGACGACGACGAGGAAACAUUGGAGGAGGGAAGCUAUAGUGAACAUAGCGAGGGCGAAUUGAGCGAAGCAGAAGAGGAGGAAGAAGAAACCGGAUCCGAGUGGGAAGCCUUGCCGGAGGAAGCGACACGUACGGGAACGGAGGCGGAAGAUCCGGAAGCGGCGCGAAAGCGCGAAGAAAUUACCACCGGGAAGCGCCAACUGGAGUUCGCCAGCGAAGCUAGCCUGCACGUCGGUAGCGAUCCGACCAGGGAUCCAGAGCCGCCGAAGCCCGAAGAUGGCGACCCUGCAGCCGCCACCUCAAGUACCGCGCGACGGAGACGGAGCCGAUCCCCCUCCUCCUCCAGCCCCACCCGUCCCCCAGUUCGCCCACGUACCGAUGCGAGCGAUAGGCCUUCGUCCUCGGACGCUGUCCCGCCGACCCCUUGACCUCCUCACCCUUGAGCAGAUCCGUACCCCCGUCACCUUCCUUUCCCAUCCUUUCCAUCCCCAUCUCUUCCGUGACUUCUAUUCUACCCGUCU